AUGACACCUCUCCAAGACUUCCCCAACUUCUUGGCUUGUAAUCUCUUUCAUCCCAGUUCAUGUGUCAUGGUGGAUGAACCAGAUGAUGAAAUGGAGACUGCUUUUGACCUGAUUCUGAAAGCUAAUAAAGGGAACCGCCAGAAAUUGAUGGAAGGUGAUAUUGCAGUGAAAUUCAGCCGCAGUGCAAUCUUCUGUGCUGCUAACCCUUGCUACUGGCCACAAUCCAGCGAUGGAAUAGUACGAAUCCCCUAUGCCAUCUCCUCUGAUUUUGAACAAUGGCAUAGAGAUUUAAUUCAAGAAGCCAUGACUGAAUUUGAAACAUUGACUUGCAUCAAUUUUGUGGAGCGAAAAGAAGAAAAUGACUAUUUAAAUAUUGUGCCUGGUUAUGGCUGCUCAUCUUUUCCUGGAAAGAUUGGAGGUGCCCAGACAAUAUUUCUUUCAAAGACACAUUGCAUGUGGAAGGGAGUUGUUGAGCAUGAACUGGAACAUGCACUAGGUUUAAUCCAUGAGCACAGCAGAAGUGACAGAGACAAAUAUGUGAAAAUCAUGUGGCAAUACAUUAGUCCUAACCAUAGAAAGAACUUUGAGCUUAAUCCAAAUUCCAACAACUUGGGUCUUGAAUAUGACUAUGCUUCAAUAAUGCAUUAUGGGCGGAGAACUUUAUCUAACACUUCUGGUGAGGCAACUAUUAUUCCAAUUCCAGAUGACUCUAUAAGGAUUGGACAGUUUAGUGGAAUCAGUAACCUUGAUGUGGCCAAAAUUAACCGUUUGCAUAACUGCAGUCGCUGCAGUAGCGUGCUAGUUGCUUCAAACGGAUCACUGACUUCUGCCAAUUAUCCGUCAAAGUACCCCAAUGGUGUGAACUGUCUUUGGCUUAUUCGAAUACAAGGACCCAGCUAUAGAAAGGUACAGCUGAAGUUUGAGGUGUUUGACCUGCAGUCCUCUAAGGACUGUACAGCUGACUAUGUGAAGGUAUAUGAUGGCAUCAGCAAAUCGGACAAGAUGCUACUGGACAAGACAUGUGGGGCAAAAGUGCCCCCAUCUGUAAUAUCUUCUAAAAGCACCAUGUUGGUAGAAUUUGUCAGUGACCAUCGUAUAGCAGGCAUUGGCUUCAAGGCAUCUUAUACAACAGGUAUUUCUGAACAUCAGAAUAUCCUAAUAAAACAGAGCCCUUUCAGGAGCAGAUAG